UCUUGUCGCUUACGUUGCUGAAAUCCUUAUUUAAUAACAAGUUAGAGGAUUUCAAGGAAUAAUCAUCGAUAUUCAACAGUGACUACGAUCGAUUGUGUGAACAUUUCAACUCUAUAGUUGCCACACGGAAUGAAAAGCUCUACUUUUUACGAUCGCGAACCACGAAGAGAACACAUUUCGGACAAGAUGGCGGCUGAUGACGAACUAAAUGUUGAAGUAUUGAACCUGCUAGAAGCGCCCUACAAAAAGGAGGAUGAUACAUCUCCAAUUGACAAUGGUACAAGCAACGGUGAAAAAAAAACAAAAGAAAACGGUCAUAGUAAAUCAACCCGUCGUUCACGUGAUCGUGAACGAGAUCGGGAGCGUGAACGAGAACGAGAUCGAGACGGUGAAAGUCGCUCAAAGAAACAUCGUUCUCGAUCACCGGGCCGUACUCGGGACAAGGAACGUCGCCGAAGCAAAGAACGUAGCAAGUCUCGUUCUCCGUUGCGCUUCGAUCGUUUGAAAGAUCGUUCGAAGGAGAAGGAACGGGUAAAAAGCGAUCAACACCGUAGCAGUGGAAUGGAGAAAAGGCGCUCAAAAGAACGAGAUCAUCGUCGACGUUCUCGUGAACGUGAUUAUCGUCGACGAAGCCGUUCAAGGGAGCCCGGACGAAGACGUCGUUCUAUGUCUCCGAAGCCGUAUCGUGGUCGAGGACGUGGUGGAUCGGGAGGUUACUACCGAGAUCGUUCACCACCGGAAGAAAUGUCCCAGGAAGAUCGAGACGCACGCACAGUAUUUUGCAUGCAACUUUCUCAGCGCAUACACGCACGGGAUCUAGAAGAGUUCUUUUCCAGCGUGGGCAAAGUUCGAGAUGUGCGUUUAAUAACAUGCAACAAAACUAAACGAUUCAAAGGUAUAGCGUACAUUGAAUUCAAGGAUCCCGAAUCGGUCUCUUUGGCUCUCGGGUUAUCCGGACAGAAGCUACUCGGGAUUCCGAUUAGUGUACAGCAUACACAAGCCGAAAAGAACCGAAUGGCUAGUCAACCACCGGCUGCGCCACCGAAAAAUCCAUCCGGGCCGAUGCGACUGUACGUUGGCUCGUUGCACUUCAACAUAACAGAGGAUAUGUUGAACGGUAUCUUCGAACCCUUCGGCAAAAUCGAUAACAUUCAGCUGAUCAUGGACGCAGAUACCGGUCGCUCCAAAGGAUACGGAUUUAUCACAUUUCAUAAUGCUGAUGAUGCUAAAAAAGCCCUAGAACAGUUGAACGGAUUCGAACUUGCUGGUCGUCCGAUGAAAGUAGGGAACGUAACUGAACGAUUGGAUGUAACAACACACGCAUCCUUGGACACGGACGAGAUGGAUCGCAGUGGCAUAGAACUCGGGGCCACCGGGCGAUUGCAGCUUAUGUUCAAAUUAGCUGAAGGAGCGGGUCUCGCUGUUCCUCGAGCUGCUGCUGACGCACUCCUAGCAACCGCUCCGCAGCCUAUGCCGCAACAACCCAUCCAUCAGUCGCCGCCAAUUGCGACACAGUGUUUUCUGCUUUCGAACAUGUUUGAUCCGGCUACCGAAACUAACGCAAACUGGGAUGUGGAAAUUCAGGACGAUGUGAUAGAGGAAUGCAAUAAGCAUGGAGGUGUGCAGCACGUUUAUGUCGACAAGCAAUCUCCUUCAGGUAACGUUUAUGUCAAGUGUCCAAGUAUUGCAACCGCCGUACUUGCCGUCAAUGCAUUACAUGGACGUUGGUUCGCUGGUCGUGUUAUAGGUGCGGCAUACGUGCCUCUUAUUAACUAUUACAACCUAUUCCCUGAUGCGUCACAGGCUGUUACAUUGUUGCAACCAAAACGAUCAGGUUGAGAAAAUUAACAGCCCAAGAAGACCUUCUGUUGUUUAUAGCAUCGCAUAGAAAUAAGUUUGACCGAAUAUUGUAGCCAAUCUAAACUGGGAGAAGAACAACUUAGUGUCGCAAUGCAAAGAUACAUGUUGAAAAGUAUGGUAAAAAGAAAAAAAAUCGUAUUACCUUUUCCUCUAAUUACGAAAUACAUGCAAAUACAUUUAGUUCUCUUGUAUUCCAUGUAAUUCAAACUUUUCCAAUAAAAAAUAGAGAUGGAUAAAUGUAGCCGAAUGAGAUCAUAGCAGUUAAAUAGAAGUGACAUAGAAAAAGAGCAACUUCUCGCUUCUGUUUCCUAAACAGAUAUGUGAUAUUUAGCGAAAUCCCUAUCAUGUUUACACACGCGCACACUCGUGAAAAAAAUCGUAUUGUUCGUAUUCGUAUAAAUUCGUAUUCGGACUUACAAGAUGGGUAAAUAGCUCAAUUUGAAAACAAAAAAUAUGUUCAAGCUUUUUCUAAAUCAUCCUUUAAGCACCCCGAUGUUUGACGAAAUAUAACUUGAAUAAUUGUUUUAGUUAAAGCAAAAAAACGCAAGCUCCUAUAAAUCAACUGUAUUUAACUUGCUCUUUUACAAUACUUGGAGGUGUGUCAGCCCGGUAUCAUACAUUAGACACGGCAGGAAAUAUGGUAACUAAACUACGCUCUGAUGAGCUGAUGAUUUUCGUCAAUUUAAAUAAAAAAUGCACGUUUUUUUUGUACAAAUGCAGAGUAAAUUUGGCUAUGAUUUAAACAUCAUUCAAUGUUCAAACCCUGUUCAAACUGCUAUUCGUAAAAUAUUCUGUAAGAUAAGUUUGCAAUAGUAUCUCAAUCCACGGCUACGAAAUGUGCGCUUAUUUCGAUUAUGUUUUAUUUGUUGUAUGCUCAAUGCUCUGCCGUUUUUUAGGGUUUAUGGAGGAAAAACGUCUAUUGCAAUAGGAUAAAUCUACGAAAAUGAAAAAAAACACACACAAGUACAUCAAGUAGCUUUUAAGAAGUCGAGUGAAAACGUAAUGUCAUUUAAUAAAAUACGAUUAAGGAUUUCGCUAAGGGUUUUAAGAAUACUGAACACGCAGGAAUAUUAAUCCUGCCAAAGUUGCGAAUGAAACUAGAAAAAGUUAGUGAAAAUGCGCUAAGCGAUCUGUAAAAGAUCGUAGCUCAUUGCGGAUUACGGAAAUGCGAAAUGCUAUACAUGAGACAAUUUAAACUAUCAAAAACAAAUUGGUAUUUAUUGUGGUAA